AUGCGAGGAGGAAGAAACAAGUUUGGUUCCUACUAUAAACGUGACCGAGCGCAACGUAUGCAACGUAGCUCAUUAAAGGAACAUACUGUGGCCGACCUGGCCGGUAUGGAACAAACCGUAACCAGUAGCACUGAGCCGAUUGUGAUGCCAUAUCCGGAUGAUAAGGUGAAAACCGAAUACGAUACCGUUCUACAAUGUCUGACGCUCUCUAGCAGCACACCAGUACAUCAUGUACCGACACCAACAGCACGACCCAUAGUCACACAUGAGAACGAGGGUCUGGCCGGUCUACUCGGAUGUUCAAUUGAUUUUCCGAACUACCGCAUCAAACCUGAACCAUAUGAACCGGCGCCGAACGAUUUUCACCAUCGUCCAACGUAUCAUGGUCAUCCAAUUGAUGACGGAUCAUUCCCUGAUCAUCGCAUAUUGCCGGUCUGUUCGACGCCGACAGAGAAGCACGUGAGCAACGAAUUUGAACGCUCGUCGUCCACGCUCUCCAUCAUGCACGAUUCGCUACCUGACGAUUCAAGACUGUACUGUCUUCUGCACAAAUGGCCCCGAUGGGAACCAUUCUCGUUCUGUGUGUCGGCAGUAGAGGACAAUCUGGGACAGCUUGUCGCAUGGGCAAAAGCAGCGCCAUAUUUUCGUGAACUGGAGAUGGCUGAUCAAAUGCAGCUCUUGCACGCCAGUUGGGCAGCUGUUCAUGUAGCAGAUUUCGCCUACGCCGCCGUCAUUGGUGCAAUACCGGCUAGUAUCAAAAUGAAUAAUGGAUUGGAGGUUCCAUCGGGCUUGGCAGCUGUGAUGGGCGAUUGUUCGUUGCUGGCUUUGUGGACUGAAAUCGUUCAUCUCCUGGCUAGCCGUGGUUUCACCAGGGUCGACUUGGCUGCUUUUCGAUACUUGGCUCUUUUCCACGAGGAUGGUGAAUGUCGUGUGGAGAAUCGGGCACUGAUUCGUGCAGCUCGGGAUUCUUUGAUGCGUUGCUGGGGAGAAUAUCGAGGAUCGGAUGUUGCGCUUCUGCCACAGUUCACGGCAUUUCUUCGGAUAAGGUAA